GCCCACUUUGUUUGUCAACAGAGAUCCACCCACUUCACUAGAAAGUCACACACUGUGUAUAAAGUCAUCGUGUGUACAGUCAUCGCUUCCUGUGAGCAGGUGCACGGUGGGGGCCAACAAAGAGAUACGUUUGAGCUGUAGCUGGAUAAAGACUUGAGGUUGAUUUUCUCGUUGAUCCUUUGAGCUGAGGGCGCUGUGAUAAAUGAAUGUUGAAGGAGCAGAUGCCAGUCAGCUACUGGCAAUGCUAGAAAAGGUAACAAAAACAAGUGAACUGUUUCAAAGAAAGAAUGCUGAGCAAGAGAAGAUAAACGACCGACUUAGAUUGGAAAAUGUGCAACUCCAUCAAACUGUUGAGGAUCUAACAGAUGAAGUACACACUCUCAAAGAACAACUUUCAGAACAAGGAAAACAAAACGAACAGUUCUUAACAAAACAAGAAACGUUUCAUUCAAGCAGAGAUGAUAUUGCCACCUCUAAUCCCGUUGAAGAAGUGAAGACACUGCGGAAAGUUAAGAAACAACUAGAGAAGCAGUUAAACGCUUCACAAAGCACUACUCUGAAUUUUCAGGCAUCUUUCCAAGCAGAGUUUGACCUACGGGCACAGAUUGAACAAAAACUAGAGGAACUGAGGGAAAGAUACGAGCGCAUGAUAUCGGAGAGUGACCAGCUCCGACUGAUCCUCAAAGCCCACAACAUCACAGCACCCUCCCCCCCAGGUCUCCGGAGCAUGCCGGGCUCUAGGAAGAAGAAACAUGCUCCCAAGUCUCGACCGUUGACCAUGUACUCUGACCUCUCUGAUUACAAUGGUUCCGUAACCCAUAGCAGCAAACGGACAGCAAAAACUAAGAGCUCGCACGUAAAGAAGGCUCCAAGCCUUGGAUCACUACUGGACGGCAAAAUUAGUUCUCAGCCUAUUCCUAAAAAGUUAACUAUUGAUGGAGAAAGUGGCGCUACAGUUAUGGCUGAAACUGCACAAGUUGAAGUAGUCAAGGAAAUGCCUCGAAGUAACAAAGGUGCAUCUUCAAAAGAAACCACACAACAGCCUCAAGAAGUGGGUACGAGCAAAAACGAACUGGAACCGGAGUCUCAGAAUCAGAAUGAUGUCUCAACAAAGCAGCCACAGAAUGGAGAAAAAGUUGAUGAGCUCCUCCCACCAGGUGCGUGCUAUCGGACAGACACGCUCAUGUGGAACGCUAAAGGAUUCCUCUCAAGGACAGAGAAACUAGCCGACAGUGGGGAUGGUGGAGAUAAGAUAGAAGGAGAGAAUAUCUCCGGAAAGAAGACAGUAAAGAAUGAAAGAGAUGAAAAUGAACUAAAAGAGAUGAUGUCCUCAGUCUCAGUGAAGCAGUUGGAAAGUGCUAAAGCGUUUUUAGAAGCCAGCCAGCGUCGUUCACCAGAAUGCCCUGAAAAUGUAUGAGGCUAGGAACAGUACUGCUCAUAGAACAUUCAUCAAUUAAUUUUUUUUAUUUUGUACACAUUUUUAUUCAGGCAGCUGCUAGGAUACAGGUAUACGUAAAUGUACCAUUGUUUUCACAUCACUUGUUCCAUCAUUGUG